GACGUUCCCAAGAAGGUGGUUUGCGACUAGGAGAAAUGGAGAUUCUGGCUUUGAUUGCCUAUGGGGCAGCCAAGACUGUCAACGAAAUAGGAGCCAAAUCCGAUGCCAUUCAUAAACGGCAAACCUUAAAAAAUUUCUUGCUGUUUGGUAAUCGUGCACCUAAUUUGCAAAGCGUUGGCUGCGAAUCUCUUAACUUUGCCCUACAAUUUAUCCGGGCCAUUGAAAUUACUAAUCCCAAAACUAUUAAUGCUCGCACUGGGAAACGAGUAAAAGAUGGGCUUUUAGAUCCGGUGAAGGGUGGCCCUUCCAAAAAUUUUGAGUGCGAGUGCGGCGUGCUUAAAGGUGUUGAUAAUAAAGGGAGAGUUUGUGAGCGUUGUGGGGUGUUAGUAGACGAAAAAUACAUUAGCCGACGGCGAACCUUACACAUCACUUUGGCUGUUCCGAUCACUAAUAUUUUACUUUUCAAAACUUUGGUAAGUCAAUGGAGUAAAAUACUGGAAAUUCCUAGUAAACGAGUAGAAUCCCAACUAAUUAGUGCUAUUCUGGACGAAAUUAUUGCUAAGGAAGAAGCAAAAAAUAGUGCGGUUAAUGAAGCCCAAAAAUUAAAAGAAAAAUUGAGGGAUGCCGAAGAGGAAUUAAUUUUUCUCGAAGAAUAUUUAGAUUUUAUAGCGCAACACCAAAAAAUAAAAAUUGGUAUUGGUUCCGAAGCCUUACAAUUUUUAUUGCGAGAAAUUAAUUUAGAAAACCAAUUAGCCAAGGCCCUACGUUUUCUGCAAGCACUGAUACAAAAUAAAAUUCAGCCAGAAUGGAUGGUAAUGCAGCUCUUGCCUGUAAUUCCUUGUGGUUUGCGCCCGGCUACUCAACUUAAAGAAGAAAGUACUAUUGCUACCACUCAACUCAACAAUCUUUACC